UUGAGGGAAGUUGGGGCGGAACAACGCGCGACGUACGAUUGCGGAAUUCAACGAUAGUACGACUACGACGUACGAUCGAUGUACACUCUCCAUACUCUCCAUUAACUAAGUAGGUCACCCUCCACGGCACAACAACCAUGAUCAUCAUGGAGCUCAGGUAAAAUUUUAUCGACACAUCAAGUCGUCAACGACAACGUUGUCAACAAGUCACUGAAACGACGGUCUCACUCUCAUGCAUGGACAUGAUGGAUGGUCUAAAGUAGCGUGACUUUAGCCUGAACAUCUGACGUCUGCACACUUCGAGGCUCAUGAAUGACGCCAGAGACCGGCCUCCAGUCGAUGUUAAUCUUCACCAUUGAUCUACAUUCAUUUCACAUUGUGAUACGCAGUCAAAUUCUACACCAACGCAAGUACAUGCACAUGCAUGUGCUGUAUGCAACACACUCAGACGUGGACACAGCAUGUAGACGAUGACCGAAAAAACCUGAUUGUUUGGACCUUGAUGUGCAGAUAUCACUUUAAAAUGUGUUUGCCCUUGAUGUUCUUGUACCCAUGACAUGUUUCCUGCUAUCUGUUGUGCGUUCAUCCAAGAUGGUAGAAGCUAACCUGGUCCUGUGCAAUGUAUUCUGGCGUGCAAAUCUCACCUGUAACUCUUACGUCCAUGGUGAUCCAAAACUCAACUUUGAUGAACUUUGGCCUAAUGAAUUACAGCUUUCAAGACUACUAGAAUGUCUGUUUAAUGAUGGUUUUCGGCUUCAGGCAUUGGCAUAUAGCAAAUAUGCAGUACAAUGUGGAUCAUUAAAGAUGCUGAAAGUGCUACUUAAGAAAAAAUAUAUUGAUAUAAAAGAUGUUUUCAAUGAUGGAAAAAGUUUGCUGCACAUUGCAUGUGUUUCAUCAAACACCAAGGCAGUUGCAUGGUUGAUAAAUGAAGGUAUUUCCCUCAGAACACUUGACAAUAAUGGACGAACACCAGAUCAACUGUGUUUCUGUUCAAGUACAAGAAAGGAGUUGCCAUCUCGGUAUCACACACUAAAAAUGACCAAAAAGCAAGUGGCUGCUGUAGAGGACAUUGAGAGAAUUUUUGAACUAGUGAGAGAUCCUGCAGCUUUUGAAGAUCUUCAGAUAAUGUUGCAGACACUUGAAUUUGAUGUUAAUAACAACAAGGAUCGUAAUGGAGAUUUACUUGUUCAUAUCGCUGUUCAACAAGGACUGUCUCAUUUGGCUGUGAUCCUGAAUCUUGUUUUAGUACAUGAGGCUGAUGUGGAAGCAGUAGAUCACAAUGGUUUGACACCUCUAUGCAUAGCUGCCAAGCUUGGCUAUCACAUUUUAACAGAGGUUUUGGUCUGUUUAUUGGGUGCUGAUCCAAACGCCUACAGUAUCUGGAAUCAUUGGACGCCUCUUCAUUAUGCAGCAAAAGCCAAUUAUGUAUCAAUCAUUGAAUGUCUUGCAAGGAGAGGAGCAGAUAUGAAUGCGGAAGACAGGUUUGGGUUCAGAGCUGAUGAUACUACCAGGAUGGUUGCUCAACAUACCAAAGACCUUAUUAAGAACCUGCGGUUUCUACGUUACCAACACCUUACCUGCCUCACUAAACACGGUAAUUUGAGCCCAGGCAUGAUUCGGCCGUUGGAUAUGUUCUCAGUUGACAGUCAAGGUCAAACUCUAGUGAUGGCAGCUGCUCAGAUGAACCGAUGUGAUAAUCUUAUGGUGCUAUUACAUAAUGAAAGAUGUCCUAUUGAUGCACAGGAAACAAAGAAUGGCCAGACAGCUUUAUCAUUAGCAGCUAUGUCAGGGAAAGCAGAUGCUGUUCAAACAUUAUUGAGAUACGGUGCACAUCCUGGCAUUGGAGACAUGGGCGGAAUGACACCUCUACAUCAUGCAUGCCUGAAUACACAUGUACAAUGUGUACAGGCUAUAGUCAAUGUAUCAUCCGGGCUUACAGGACUUGCAAAAGCUGACGGAUAUACAGAUGAGCCUGAAAUAUGCAGUAUUAUAAAAGAAGCAAUGAAACGCAGGCAGAAGACAAUAGUUAAUCCAACACUUUUUGAAUGUGCAAUGAAUGGGGAUGGAGAUCGUUUGUACAGUACAUUGGAAGAAGGUGAUGAUGUCAAUCCUUUGACAGGUACAGGAGACUGGCCAUUAUACAUGGCUGUUGGAAAUGGUUACCUCAAAAUCCUCCAACUUCUGCACAUGAAUGGAGGAGACAUCUGCAGACAUCAUCAGACAACUGGUUCAACUGCUCUUCACAUGGCCUGUUCCAGGGGCCAUUAUCACAUUGUUUCUUACAUUCUAAAGGUCUCCAAAAUCCACAAUUAUUUGACAAGCUUGGAAAGUGAAUCCUGUGUUAAACAAUGGGAUAUCAAUGCAGUUGACUUGCAAGGUCAGACAGCUCUCCAGGUUGCUGCAGAGAAAGGAUAUAGUCGCAUUGUGAAAUCUCUGUUGGAUUAUGGUGCUACGUCAGCCCUAAUAGACUCUCACGGGCAGCCUUACAAGGUCAGUCAAUAUGAAGGAGUUCAGUUCCUUAUUGAGCGUCACCAAAGAAGUCGGAUCGAGCAGAUUACAACGUGCAUCAAGAAUAGGAAAUAUUUUCAUCGACUUACAAGAAUAUGGCAGUGCAAAUAUGACCACAAUCUCCGGAAUCACAGCGGUGACACUCCACUUAUGAUUGCAUGCUUUUAUGGAAAGAGUGAAGUUGUUAAAUUCUUGCUUAAAUCUGCUAUUCAAAGUACUGAGGAGGAGCAUGACUGUGGAAUGUUAAGGUCGGUGCACAAAGAAAGGACAGACUCCUUUGUUGAUUCUGGGGCAUUCGAUGAAUCUAAUCCUGAAUGCAGUAACCACAAAAUGCUGCUGGACAUUGUUGAUGAAGAUCAUACUGAGUUUGAGACAUCUGUAACUGAUGUGAGUGAUCAAGAAACAGGAUCAGACAGGACCAUCAAGUAUACAGGACAGGGUCCUCGUUUAUCUGCAAAUAAAGGUAAGAUCAAGAAACAGGAUCAGACAGGACCAUCAAGUAUACAGGACAGGGUCCUCGUUUAUCUGGAAAUAAAGGUAAGAUCAAGAAACAGGAUCAGACAGGACCAUCAAGUAUACAGGACAGGGUCCUCGUUUAUCUGGAAAUAAAGGUAAGAUCAAGAAACAGGAUCAGACAGGACCAUCAAGUAUACAGGACAGGGUCCUCGUUUAUCUGCAAAUAAAGGUAAGAUCAAGAAACAGGAUCAGACAGGACCAUCAAGUAUACAGGACAGGGUCCUCGUUUAUCUGCAAAUAAAGGUAAGAUCAAGAAACAGGAUCAGACAGGACCAUCAAGUAUACAGGACAGGGUCCUCGUUUAUCUGGAAAUAAAGGUAAGAUCAAGAAACAGGAUCAGACAGGACCAUCAAGUAUACAGGACAGGGUCCUCGUUUAUCUGGAAAUAAAGGUAAGAUCAAGAAACAGGAUCAGACAGGACCAUCAAGUAUACAGGACAGGGUCCUCGUUUAUCUGGAAAUAAAGGUUUUUCCUCGUCAGUGAACCUUGGAGGUAGACAAUCAGCACAUAAUGCAUCAUUUUGCCAAAGUUAUGACUCACAAGCAUUGGAGGAUUCCUAUGAAGACAAUCACUCAGAAGUCUUAAAAAAAUACCCAAACUAUCAGAGAUUCUCACACAACAGGAAAGCCCAAAGUACCAAUGACUUGAAAGAAUGGCAAACUAUUGGAAGUUUAAGUAUGAAGGACUAUACUGCAGAGUCUCCAAUAGCUGAUACCAUUAAUCCAAGAAUGUAUCAAGGUACAAGUAUUAACCAUCUCCAUGCCAGUAACCUACAUGACGGUAGCACAGCCAUGCAUCGAGCAGUCGAGUGUAUUGAUGAAAAG